AUGGCCACAGUCGCACCUGCCACAGCUGCACUCGCAGCAAAGCAACACCGACAACGCCCAAACAGGUCAGAGCGGAAGCAAAUCCGCGCAGGGCUCGCAGCUCAGCAGCACCAGCAGGCGACAGCGGCAGAUGGCACAACCUCGGGCGCAGUCAAGGGUCACGCAGCAGCAGACGGACACAAGCGGGACUCGGAUGCGUUGGAGUGGCUCCCGCUCGCAGACACCGCCGCCGCAACCUGCCCCGUCGUCUUCAGCCCAGAUGGCAGCUACUGCUUCAUAGCGUCCGGCUCGGCGGUCAAGAUCUACUCGGUCCGGACGACGCAGCUCAUGUCGACCCUCUCGAUCCGUCCCUACACCUCGUCCUCGACCUCCCCCUCGUCCCUCCAGCGCGCAACGGUCUCGGCCGUCCUCCUCUCCCCCUCGAACCCGCGCCAGCUCGUCGUCGCCUCGACCGACGGCAAAGUCCGCUUGUGGGACUACCUCGAGGGCCGCCUCUUGCGCACGCUCGAGAUGGGUGCGCCCGUCGUGCACGCCACGGCCAACGCCAACCUUCCCGACCAGCUCUACGUCGCGCUCGAGGCGCCCGGCGAGGCAAUGGUCGCCGAGGCGCCCGUGAAGCGGAUGGCGAAGCGGGAGAAGGUUCCCCUCGUCGAAGAUGAGCCCAAAGCGGGCGUCUACCUCGUCAGUCUCCGCGCGGCACGCACGACUUCCGAUGGCGUCCCUACGAAAGCGGACUCUUCGCUCCCCGUCCCUCCCGCUCGUCGAGUCCGCCUCGCCGUCCCGCGCGUCGUUCGCGCACUCGCACUCUCACCCGACGGCAGCGUCCUCGCGAGCGUCAACCCGCAUGCGAUCAAUCUCUGCCGCACGAGCGAGUACAGCCGCGGGUUCACGCAGACGGUUCAGGCGGACAACGAGUCCCUCACGACUAUCGCCUUCCACCCGACCGAGAACUAUUUCGCGACCGGCAACCGCAAGGGCCAGAUCCGGCUGUGGUACAACGUCCUCUCGUCGCCCGCAUCCCAGGUCGACACGGACGGCGACGUCGCCCUCUCCGCUCCCUCCGCCGCCGACUCCGCAACCUCGACCUCUGUCCUCCACUGGCACGCCCACGCCGUCUCCUCGCUCGCCUUCACCCCGAACGGCGCCUACCUCCUCUCCGGCGGGCAGGAAGCCGUCCUCGUUCUGUGGCAACUGCACACAGGACACCAGGAAUACGUCCCGCGUCUCGGUGCGCCGAUCGCGACGCUCUCGGUGCUUGACGGGACGAGCGACUCGGGUGAGCAGCAGGUUGCGGCGAGGUUGAGGGAUGGGAGUGUCGUGUUUAUCGGGAGUCAGAAGUUGAGGAUCGCCAAGACCAUUUCCGGGCUCAAGGCGGACGCCGCCUCUCGCGCCACCUUCGCCCCCGCUCGGCCCGACGCACCCAUUCCCCUCGCCCUCGACCCCUCCACCUCCUCCCUCGUCCUCCCCGCCGGCCACCCCUCCUCCCUCCAAUUCUACUCCCUCACCUCCGACUCGCAACUCCUCGAACUCGAGAUCUCGCCCUCAAACCGCGUUUCGAGCGCGACCUCCAACAAGCCUGUUGAGCCGACCCGCGUAGAGAGGGUAGCGUUCUCGAUGCCGGAUCGGAGGGGCGAGUAUUGGAUGGCCACGGUGGAUUCGUGGGAACAUGAUGGGUUUGCGCCGGUUAGGCAGCUUAAGAUUUGGAGGAAGAAGGUUGAUGGGGCGAGCUUUGUCCUUUCGACCCGCGUCGACCGCCCGCACGACACGCCCAUCACCUCGCUCUCCUUCUCCCCCUCCCCGACCUCCCCUCUCCUCCUCACCACCUCGACCGACGGGCGCCUCAAAGUCUGGUCCCACACUCCCGACGGCUCAUGGCGCUGCCGCGCCUCUCUCCUCCACCGCAACUCUGCGCCCGUCGCUUCCGCCUGGUCCGCAGACGGCUCGAUGUUUGCCGUUGCGCAUCUGCGCUCUGUCUCGCUCUGGAGCUUGGCCAAGACGGGAGAGCUCAUCCAUUCGUUCCCUGCGACGAACGUGGGAAGGCCUAGGCAGGUCGAGUUUGUGAAUGAGGAGGGGACGGCGUUGAUGGUGACGGGAAGUGCGGGAAGUUUGUGCUGGGAUCUCUUGACCCUCGAGGAGACCUUCUCUUCGACCGUCAACUUCUCCUCGAUCGCGCGUCAGCCCAAGAAGAACGGCCUCAUCGCCGUCGAAGACACUGCAUCCUCCUCCGACGCCUCUCUCCUCUACAUCCUCGACCCCUCGUCCUCCGCUGGGCCCGUCACUCGCCCUCUCCCCGUUCCGGCUCGCCAGAUCCUCCCCCUUCCCUCGACCUCAGCCAGCGCGUCCUCUUCCGCCUCGGACAUCUCCCUCGCAGUCGCCUCAACAAGCGGCGACGUCGCGCUCGUCGGCGCUGCAGCCCGCGCAGGCGGGUCUAUCGCCCCAACUCGUCUGCCCACCGCGAUCCAGGGCACGACCCGCCUCUUUGACGAGAUCUUUGGCUCGGAGGACCUCGCUGCGUCGUCUGCAAAGGGGAAGGGCAAGGCUCGUGCGGUCGAAGGGGUGCCGGACGCGAAGGACUCGUCCAAAUCGCCCGCUGCGAUCCUGCUCGAAACGCCCGCGCACUCGCUCCCGCCUGUGCGGCUGCUUUGGCGCGAGCUGAUGGCUGUCGGAGUGGCGUCUGCUGCAAAGGGUUCGGAGGGCGAGCGGUCAGGAGGGAUUGGUCCGGCGGAAGGAGCGGAAUCGGCGGGUCAGGCGCAAUCUCGGGAGCGAGGAGAUGGUCCGGCGGCGGAUGCCUUCUCUCCGACACCUGUGGAGGCGCUCUCAAGCAUCUUUGGGGCUCGAUUGGGGCUUGGUGCUGCGUAG